GCGGUGGAGGCCAUGGCUGAUCGGGACUGGAAGGAUCUCAGUGGAUCCGGGUUCUCUAGUCUCUUCCUAGUGUUCUGCUUGCUGGUGUCAGGAACCGUGUACGACAUCAAGCUGAAUGCUCCUACCAUGGGAUCGAUUCCUGAUCCGAAAGCAGGCAUCAUCAAGCCCCAGGCUUUCAUGGUCGGGAGGAUAAACGGACAGUAUGUAGCAGAAGGGAUAUCGGCAGGCUUCCUUGUGUUUGUUGGAGGCCUGGGAUUGGUCCUGCUGCACAGGGCUGACGAAGGCUCUGCAAGUAACAGAAACAACCGAUUCUUGCUCAUCUUCGCUGGCUUCUUAAGCAUCAUCAUCGGUUUCAAUCUUCUAACAGCUUUCGUUCGGAUAAAGAUUCCUGGCUACCUUCUUUCAUCAGUGUGAGAGUGCCAGCAUUUUCAGUCUUCCUGGCAACAUCAAUUCUUUUCUCCCCCCCAACCGCCUUGCAGAGCGUCUUGCUGUUCAGAUCUAUACUUGGGGGCUCCUCCUGUAGAUACUUGUCUCGAUGGAACUCUCAACUCGUCGACCUUCCUUGGUAGUUUGGUCCUGUCCUGCAGGAUUCCAUUCUUGGGGACUUCAGUGUUGAUGUAUUCCUCGACUGGGCUCACAGCCACAUUGAUCACUUUCUCCUCCAUGGG